AAUGCCACCUCCUAGUGGUAGAGCUGUUUCACAUGUGUGGUCGUAUUUUACAAAAGAACCAACCGACAAUCCAGAUGUUUUCUUAUGCACUUGUCAAAUUUGUGAAAGUCAAGGAGUAAAGCCCUUAAUUUCAUACAAUUUCGCCAGAGGUGGUGGUACGGGAUCUUUUAACAAACAUUUGGCAAAGAAGCAUGGAAUCACAAAAGAAACUCAUGCAGCAAGCGGCAGCGGGACCACAAGUAGAAGCCAACAGUGGGACAUUCCAAGCACAGACAAAGAACCUAUGCAAAAUUAUAUUCUCUCUGAGAAGAGCUUAAUUGUUUUGUGUAAACCCUUAACAUGA